AUGAAGGAAGAAGAAACGCGACUCUUAAUAGCGAUCCAAUCGAGCCGCGAAAUUCUAAAGAGGACGAGGCUUAGACUGCUCGAUAAGAUUGCUUUAUUUCGUGGCGAAAAGGGCGAGGAUGAAGCGAAAGGCACCAGGAGGAUAGCCUACGGUCUUAUACAUAAGUCAAAAGAGUCUGACGAGAACUCAGAAGAGCUGACCAGUCAGCUUCAGUGUCUUAAAGAGUUGGCAGACACGACUGAACUCCUGGCCGAAGUCGUGAAAUAUCCUCCUCCGCCUAACAUUUAG